AACACACCCCCUUGCUGGUUUUGUUGACAGUCGCUGGAUUCAACACGCCGCGCGACGCAAGAAUACCUCCACGACCCCGGCAGCUUCUAUCACCAUCACGACAAUCAUACCCCGUUUAACCGUAACGCUGUCUUUUUUCCGAGCCCUCUGCGGCAGGCUUGGACGCACUGCGCGCAUUGGCUUGUCGUUGCUGGAAGGACCGAAGAUGGCGGCUGAUGGGUUGCUUCAAACGCCGGCUCGAAUGAUACAAGAAGCCUCGGUUGUUAUUAUCUCGUCAUCACCAGAAUUUCCGUCAAUUUGCGACCUAGUUCCGAAAGCGACCAAGAGAACCGAGUUGCGCAGUGGCAGCAAUGCCGCACCACUCCCCGACAAUGCGCUCACCACGUUCACGAGCGCGGCAAGCCUUUGGCAGUCAUCAUGGACUGGGAUAGAGAAUGUUGGGACGCAGAGCUUGCGGACAGCUCAGAGCACUACGUCAGUGAUGGGAACGGCCGAGGUAUCGCCAGACCUCGCCGUUGAAAGCACGGACCGCGGUCUAUCAAAGGCAAGGAACGAACACAUAACAACCCUACCGUCUAAUACCGACAAAAGCGUGAAGCAGUCGGACGCUGGUUGGUCAGCAGAUUACUUGAUGGCGAAAGACCGGGCCCUAGAAGGUCCGCCCGCGAAAAAGCGUGGGAGGAAGCCGAAGGCGACCAAGGACGCAGCAACGACGCAAACCACAAUACCCAAAGGCAAGAUCACAAAACCGGCAGCGAAGGAGGAGAAGAAGAAGCGGAACGCGGAGGCCGUCAGCAAACAUUUCCGUCGCCAACCUUCCGCAUCAGACUCCGUGUCCCAGCCGGCUGCAGACCCGACAGAAGACGAACCUGUCAUCCGAGAGCCAGCGAUGAAACGAAGGAUGGACUGGACGCCUCCUCGAGAGAAUUCCAUGCUGCAGCGCCUCGCAGAAUCGUCGGCCACGAAAGAAGUAUCAACUACCGAAGGGCCUGCCAGAGGGGAUGUGUUCAGAACUCUUCAAGAUGCAUAUGGCCGAAAGUCAGAUGCCUACGCGCUUACGAAUGACACUGCAUUCACCGCGACCAUUACUGACGUUCUUGGCAAACGGAAGUUGAUUGAAAUGGUAAGCCCAGUGGCGAUCAAGCAGAAGACACCAGAGGCAUCACCGACCAAACCCAAAGCGGUCAAGAAGAAACCACGGACGAUCACGGAGCUAGCAACUGCAGCGUACCGUCAACAAGAAGAGGUCGCCGUGGCCGCAGAUGGGCCAAAGGGAGAGACUCUGCUUGCGUAUCUGGACUCUGCAGGUCAAAAACCAUCGGAGGGAGCCAAAAGUUCGAGGAGUAAGGGGAAGAGCGCAAAGGGGCCGGCAAAGCCGAAGGCAAAGGCGAUCCAGAGGAAAGAAGAAAGCAGCAAGCAAAAGCUUCUUUCGCCAACCAGUGCCAUGAGGCAGGUUGCCAAGCAGGACUUUGUGUUUGGGACUGCCAGCCAACUUGCUACCGAAGACGAUCCUGAGCUACUCCGAGCGUUGCAUGAGGCGAUGAAGGUGUCGAAUCAGGUAGACAGUGACCCUUUCGUCAGCCCCAAUUUCGUGAGCAGUAAUGUCGCUAUCCGCAGAAGGCCGGGUGCCGGCCUUUGGGUAGCUGGUGCCAGGGAUGAAGAUGGCGACCUGCUUGAUCUAGAAAUGCUAGACUUGACACGGUCUUCUCCUUCAUUGUUGGACAAGGUUCUUCCAGUACUGCCAUCGGCCCCUGGGAAUGCCGCGGCGGAAGAGACCCCGGGCAAGCAAGUCUGCAUUGAGAUCGAGUCGUCUGACGACGCUUUUGACCUCGGCGUUUCACCCAACGUAACACGGCGUAAACCGUCGCUACCUACCCUAUCAAACGAUCGCAGCCAAAGAAUGAUACAGCCGAACGACAUGACGGUCUCCGGUCAUGAUCGGCAUCGGUCGCCAACCCCGCCAAACGAAACGGGCUUCGAACCACCACCGAGUAACCAAGAACAACACCAGCUCCUGCUGUCCCAGUCUAAGAGUCCGGGGCAAGCACCGCCCGAGCUGCCGCCACGGCCCAACUUUGAAUUGUAUUCGGAUGCUCGACUGGCCAAGGAAAUUGCUUCGUACGGUUUCAAGGCCGUCAAGAAACGCGCAGCGAUGAUUGCACUGCUGAACGAGUGUUGGACAAGCCGACAUGGGGCCGGCUUAAUGAGUGGUACGGCCCGGCUUUCGUCGUCAAUGGCACCCGCAGAACCGACUGCGUCUCCUUCGCGGGCGGGAGGGCGCCGAAGGAAACAAUCGGCCAAAGCCCCCUCAGACGCGAGUGAACCGCUUGCACCCGGCAGGCGGGGCAGGAAAAAGCCUGCCACUGCCGCCGAUGGCGAUGCCGAGGCGCCACAGGCGGAGAAACGACCGCGGGGAAGGCCUAAGAAGGAUGCUUCUGCCCCUCAGGCCAAGCGUUCAGAGGAAGAAGCACCGGCGUCCCCAAAGCGAGCCAAAUCUCCGAAGAGGACUGUCGACGCCAGCCCGACAACGCCCAGAAGGCGUAGAUCUCCCGCCAAGUCUGUAGUUGAGAUUCCAGACUCCGACUCCGAUGACCCCUUCGCGUCGACACCAGCGUCAUCCCCAGCAAAACAAGACGACGUGUUUUCCUCUCCACCAGAGAUGGAUCUCUCGGUCACGGAAGAUACCGAGACAUCCCUCAUGGCCAGUCCAACGAGUCAGCAGGUGUCCCUAUUUCGGUACAUCACACAAGCAGUCGUCAGCGCGCCGCCGACGAAGGACCCAGCGAGGCCGUCAUGGCACGAGAAGAUGCUGAUGUAUGACCCGAUCAUUCUGGAAGACUUUACGGCCUGGCUCAAUUCGGGGCAGCUGGAUCGGGUAGGGUACGAUGGGGAGGUGGCGCCGGGAGAUGUGAAGAAGUGGUGUGAGAGCAAGAGUGUCUGCUGUCUGUGGAGGGUGAACUUGCGUGGGAAGGAACGAAAGCGAUUCUAAAUGCUUUACGGGUGGUGGUAGUGUGAUGGGCUUGAAGACACAGGACUGCAUACGAUCAGUGAGCGAGCGGGUUUGGUCUACAUAAUACUGUACAAGUUCUUUCCGAGAGUACCGUAGUAACGGUACCUUACUACCUAUUCACGACGAGCCAGGUUCC